AUGUCUGUUUCGGUGGCGAGGCGCGUGGCGGUGGCGAGUGCAGCAGCGACUGGCGUUGCUUUAACCGACCGAGAUCGACGGGACGCCGUUACAGGGGCCGCAAAUGGCGCAAUUCGCUUCGGCCGCGCCUUCGGGUACGGAGCGGCCGUCAGCUUGGACUAUAAGUACCGUCUAAGGAACCUCGAGAGGGGAUCCGACGAGUACGAGGCUGUACGAAAGGAGGUCAACCUACGGGCAGCCCAGCGCCUGCUCCACGUGUGCUCGAUACACGGCGGCGUUUACACCAAGUUCGGGCAGUACGUCUCGUCCAUGAACCACGUCCUGCCGAAGGAGUUCACGGAGACUCUCAAGGUCUUGCAGGAUCGCAACCCCAGCGUGGAAUUGAGCGAGGUGGCGAGGACCGUGAGGAGGGAGCUGGGGGCCGAGAUCUCGGAGUUGUUUCGGGAGUUCGACGAGAAGGCUAUCGCCGCCGCCAGCCUUGCGCAGGUGCAUCGUGCUGUGACAUUGGCUGGCGAGGAGGUGGCGGUGAAGCUCCAGUACCCGGGGCUAGAAAGCCAGGUGCACAAGGACUUGCUGGGUAUGCGGUUUCUGGCGGGUCUGCUAGGAGCCGUGUUCCCGGAGUACCAGUACACGUGGUUGUUUCCCGAGUUCGAGGAAAGCAUCAGCCUAGAGCUGGACUUUGUGCAGGAAGGGACGAACUCGGAGAGGGUUGCAAGGAUGUUCAGAGGGAACCCGAACGUCUUCGUGCCGUCGAUUCACUGGGACCUCUCCAGCAGAAGGGUGUUGACGAUGGAUUUCGUGCACGGCCUUAAGAUUAGCGACAGGGAGGGGAUCGAGCGAAGGGGGAUGGACCCCACCGGAGUGGCUCGAACGGUCACGAGAACGUUCGGGGACAUGAUUUACUGCCAUGGGUUUCUGCACUGCGAUCCACACCCAGGCAACCUCAUGGUGCGGCCCAAGCCUUCAUCGAGGAACGCGAAGGCGGCGGCCAGGGGCACCGCAGAAUCGGAGGGCGCCGCAAGAUCGGCGGCACCGAAGCGGAACAGCGUCGCGCACCAGGUAGUCCUCCUCGACCAUGGCAUGUACCGUCGCCUAGACCCAGACUUCCGCCUGACAUACUCCAAGCUUUGGAAGGCGUUCAUGACGAGGGAUACCGCGCUGGGGGAGCGCUGCGCCGUCGAUCUCGGGGUGGAGCCCGGCCUCUACGACGCAUUGUCGCUCAUCCUGACAUGGCGGCCUACGUCCACGACGGCGCGAACCGGGCAACGAAUAACGGAGGAGGAGCGACAGGCGCUGGUGGCCAAGUACAAGGUUAUCUUGUCACACGAUAGCCUAAACGCCUUCCUAGAGAGGCUCCCCAGAGAUAUGCUCUUCGUCAUGCGCACCAGCGAUCUUGUCCGGAGUCUGAACAAGGACCUCGGAGGUACGACGAGGGAUCGACUCAUCGUGCUGGCAGAGAGUGCCGUAAGAGGUCUCAACAUCCCCAACACCACCGCUGCCGCCGCCCCCGCGAUGGAAACCCCUGAAAGGAUGUCUCGAGAAGAAGCCGAGGGUUUCGUGGAGAGCAGCAAGGCCCUCUCCGAGGAGGAGGCGUUCCGGGAGUUCUUGGAGAAAGAGGGGCUCCGUCACCCGGCGAAGCUCGCCCUCGGCAGCCCCCACGCCGGCGUUAACCGCCUAGUCUCCUCCGAGCGGGGCAUGACGGCCCCCAGAGGCCUGUCUUGGUGGGACUGGGCAGACCUUCGAAUCCGCAUCUGGACCAUCGACAGCGUCCUGAGGUUGGUGUGGUGGUGGCAACGGCGGAAGUCGUUCACCGACAGGGACAUCGGAUGAAGGAAGACGCUGCCUGCCCGCCUGCCUUUUAAGGUUUUUGGUCGCGUAGUAAUUACUCUACACCAGCCCCGUGUUACCCACAUGGACAGUUGUAGCGGCUGCGGUUUGGUAUGCGCUGAGGGCUUGGUGUUCAAAGUGCGACACGAGCCCAUCGGUGACGUUGAGAGGGCGUCGUAGAGGGGAGUCAGCUACCUGCCUGCAGGGAUAAAAUUGAUGUCUCAACGCGGUGGACCAUAGAAAUUAUCAUCGACAUCGUCUCAGUAGGAGAUGUCGGCGUAAGUUAGCCGUUCCCGCUAGCCUGAAGUUCGUUGUGUAGCGUUGACCGUGCAGCGCGUGCUCGGCCG